UCGCGCGAUCGCCGGAGGGGCCAUCUUGGGUGUGGCGGUAGUGACGGAACACAGCCUUCCACUUCGUUCUUUUCUCCCCCGAGGUUAUUUUUGUUUUCUCCUAACGCCUAACGGGGAAAGAGCUUGAGUUGGAGGACCAGCCCUGUUUGCCUGCCGCCUUUAGCUGCUCUGGUUGCGAGCGAUGCAGACGCCUCCUCGGCUGGGAGCGGGUUCGAAUCCUGCUGCGCUUCGUUGUCCUGGACGUGCUCUUGCCUUGGGGAUAGACCUGGGCACUUCGACGGUGAAAGUGGCUUUGAUGGAAGAGACGUACGAAGGGCCCACAAUCAUUCAGAGAGCCUCUAAAGAGACUCAGGCGCAGGUGGAGAGCCAGGCUGCUGGGCGGCAGGGUAAUGAACAAGAUGUUCGGAAAAUCGUCGCUGCCCUGCACGGAUGCCUCUCGGCCCUCUCUCCGCAACAGCUGCGAGAGGUUCGCCACAUUGGAAUCUGCGGACAGAUGCACGGACUCGUGUUUUGGAAGGCCGACCGAGGUUGCAAAUGGACAGGGCAAAGCUUUGAGCCAGAUGAAGUCAGUCACCUGAUCACGUGGCAAGAUGGCCGCUGCACUAGCAGCUUCCUGUCCUCGCUCCCGCUGCCGCGAUCGCACCUCAGCGUGGCCACAGGAUUUGGUUGUGCCACUAUCUUCUGGUACUUGAGGAACAGCCCGGAUUUCUUGAAACAUUACGAUGCUGCCGGAACCAUCCAGGAUUAUGUGGUGGCCAUGCUGUGUGGCCUGAAACGGCCCCGGAUGUCUUCCCAGAACGCUGCCAGCUGGGGGUACUUCAACACCACCCAAAAAACCUGGAAUACAGACAUCCUUGGAGAAUCCCACUUCCCCGUCCAUUUGCUUCCGGAGGUGGUUGACCCCGGAGCCCCUGCAGGGGAGACUUGCUCCGGGUGGUACGCCAUCCCGAAGGGCACUGAAGUUGGAGCCGCUCUGGGGGACUGCCAGUGUUCGGUGUACUCCUGUUUGCCUGAAAGUUCAGAUGCAGUCCUCAACAUCGGCACCUCUGCUCAGCUGACCAUCUUGGCACCUUUGGGCUUCCUUCCAGGAGAGUCCCCAGACCCUGACUCGCCCGUGACCUACUAUCCAUAUUUUGGCAACCGUUAUCUGACCGUGGCGGCCUCUCUGAACGGCGGGAACGUCCUGGCGACUUUCGUGGACAUGUUGGUCGGAUGGAUGGCCGAGCUGGGACUCCAAGUCCCACGUUCCACCCUCUACCAGCAACUGAUCCAUGCUGCCUUGGCCCAAGGCGACACAGCUCUCUCCGUUUGCCCGACCAUCUAUGGCGAAAGGCACAGGCCUGAGCAGCAGGGCUCCGUCACGCACAUCGCGGCCUCCAACCUCUCUUUGGGGCACGUGACCCGAGCCCUGUGUCGCGGCGUGGUCCAGAACCUGCACUCCAUGAUGCCUUCCCAGCGCCUGAUGGAGGCAGGGAAGAGGCAGAUCCUGGCCAGCGGCAGCGCCCUCUCCAGGAACGAAGUGUUGAGGCAGGAAGUGAAUAGCGCGUACCCCUUUCGGGUGGUUUAUGGGGUAGCUAUGGACGCGGCGAUAGGGGCCGCCUUGGCGAUGCUACACCGGAAGUGAGGUCGGAACGCGGGACAGCAGAAGCCCCUCCCUCUGAUUGGGAAGGACAAGGGGGACCCUCACUGUUGGCCAGAAGAUGGGGCAGACGUCUGGAGCUCCCAGCCCCAUGCUGUUAAUGAGGGCUGUGUGCAGAUGGGCUGUCAGGUGGUGCUGCAGCAUAUCCCUGCAAGCACCAGCAGUCCACGGUUGGCAUUUGAGCCCUCUGAAUGAAACCAGCGGGCCUUGAAGGUGCUGGGCCUGUAAGAUGCUACCUCCUGAACUCCACCCUUCCCCUAAAGGAAUGGGAGGGCACCCCCUUUGAACAGGUUAGCCUUGGUGGCUGGGGAAAGCAUUCCACUCCCGUAAAUCAUUCCCCAGUGCUGCAUUUGCACUCGUACUAAAAAGGGACCAAAGAUUUUUCCUUGUUUUCCAUCCCUAACUCUCGCCGACCGUGCACCGCCAUUUCCUUUUUGUGUUCCUCCUACUCCUCUCUGCUACGGCAGGGCACGGAUGCUGUCACUUAAACCAGAAUAAUAAACUGUAUAGCACCAUA